AAUGUCAAAUUUAUGCUUCUGUCUCUCGUUUCGCUUCAAACCGAGUCAUGUUUUGUUUGCAUCCAGCUUUUUCGUAGUCGAAGUCAUAUGAACGGUGCGAGCGGAACAUUCGCAUCUACUCGGAAAGGAUGCAAAUUCGCAAACGCUUCCUCCCUCGCUCGAUCCAGGAUGGGGUGGCGACCGCCUUCAUGGCCGCAAUCAUACCCAUCACGUUCUGGUUCGAGGUGUACGUGGUGAUACCGGGCGUUCACGGUGCGGAUUCCGUGUUCAACUGGAUUCAUCUGGGGCCGGCCUUGUUCCUACUGUACAACAUCAGUGCCAACAUGCUGGCCACGAUCAUGUGCGACACCAGCUGCCGAACGGAGAUCAUCAACGUCCCGACGAAUGUGGCCGUUGCGUCGGGGCUGGGAUCGGGGUCGUGGCAUUUGUGUUCGACGUGCGAAGCGGUGGCCCCGCCCCGAUCGUGGCAUUGCAACACCUGCGGGACGUGCGUGCUGAAGCGAGAUCACCACUGCGUGUUCACCGGAUGCUGCAUAGGGCACCGAAACCACCGAUAUUUCAUAAUGUUUGUUCUGCAUCUUUUUGUAGCGACACUGUACGCGAGUGUCCUGAACAACUACUUCAUCUGGUUCGUGCGAGGCGAAGAGUUUCGCAAUUGGACGUCGCUGGUGAAGAUCGUGUUUCCGCUGGCGAUGUUGGUGAUCGAUACCUCAACCAAACAAUACUAUCUAGUCAUUUAUCUUAUCAAUAUGGUGGGGAUGAUGUUCACCGGAGUGCUGCUUAUCUACCACGGCCGACUGAUUUUGAACGGGAGAGUGGUUCACGAGAGGAACUCGCAGGAGUACGACCUCGGUUGGAAGGAGAAUUUGAGGAUGGUUCUGGGGAAACGGUGGCGAUUGGUGUGGCUGUCGCCAUUCUUGAAGAGCAAACUGCCCCACAACGGAGUCAACUGGGAUGAGGUUCAGAGGGAAGCCGCCAAAAGCAAAUAGAUUAGAGGCCAUAUUUACUUAAACAUAUAACAUCACGUUAUGACAUUUUUCAACAUAUUUUAUAAGUUGUUUGUAUUUUGAAAAUAAAUAAGGAUCAGAUAA